AUGCCUUCCGCUUCAGCGGACGCUGCUGUUAAGUCUAGUUACACAUCCCAAAGAGUUUUGUCAGCUGCCACUGGCUUACCUUACCUCCUUUUCUCCCAUCAUUCAUUGUCCUUACAGGCAGAGGAUGUGGUGAGGAAGAAACCUCUGGCCCCCACUGAGGCGAACAGCAGGAAAUGCCAACAAGCCCUGGAAGAACUGGAGAGUGUCCUCAGUCACCUAGAGGACCUUUUCUCGAGGACGCUAGUACCACGAGUGUUGAUCCUCCUUGGGGGCAGUGCCCUGAGCCCCAAAGAGUUCUAUGAACUCGACUUGUCCCGGCUGGCCCCCUUCAGCGUGGACCAGAGCCUGAGCACAGCAGCUUGUUUGCGUCGUCUCUUUCGAGCCAUUUUCCUGGCUGAUGCCUUUAAUGAGCUGCAGGCUCCUCCGCUCAUGGGCACCAUUGUCAUGGCACAGGGGCACCGGGACUGUGGAGAAGAUUGGUUUCGGCCUAAGCUCAACUACAGAGUACCCAGCCGGGGCCACAAACUCACCGUGACCCUGUCCUGCGGUCGGUCUUCCAUCCCAGCCAUACAUCUGGAGGAUUACGUUUGGUUCCAGGCACCAGUGACACUUAAAGGCUUCCAUGAGUGAAGGAGGGGCUUCCUAAUCUAUGAAGACACAGCAGCUGCAUUCUCUCUCUGGUAUCAACUCACCCAUCUGUUCCUUGGAAUUGGAGUUGCUUCCUGGUGAGGGAGGAAGGAAGGCUCUGCCCUUGGCCACCUGGUCUCCCCUCCUCAGGCCUCCUGAGGGGGCUGAUGGCUGUGAAUGUUGAUAAUCAUUGUUGAAUGAAAGGUUGACUUUACGGAGGCUGCUGGGGUCGGUUUGGGGUUGAAAAGCAGAGAUGGUCCAUGGAGUCUCACAGGGAGGUGGGCCUUCGCUGCUCUUGCUCUAUCCUUUCAGAAUUGUUAGCAGUCAUAUGUGGGUGUGACUCAUGAAUUUUAAUAGAAAAUGAACAAUCAUAUUAAA